AUGACCCAAUCCACCCCCCAUGCCUCCUCACCGCACGGUUCAGAUUCUUCCGAUGCAACACAUCACAUGCCAAACACUGGCAUGCAUAUGGGUCAAUUACCCGGGCCCGAGCCCGCAUGCAUUCCCUAUCCAGGCUACGCCACCUACCAUCCGUACGGUGUGCCGCCUCAUUGGACGCGUGGUCCCGCGCCCCCAUACACGCCCGUCGUACCUUCGCCUGAUGCGGGUGCUGGAGUUGCGCGCCACGCGUUCCAAGCGGGACAAAAUAGUUAUUACCCCCCUGCAGUGGGUGAUGUCUCGCGCGCCACUCAGGUUGUUCAACACCCACCGCCAGAUGCUGCUGCUCCCCCACCGGCGCGCACCCUAUAUCAUCAACCCUUCCCAUCUAUUCCGGGAGGUGCGGGCCCUCACGCGUACGCUCCACCCAUCCCGGACCAAGGAAUUUUCAACCAGCAUCACGGGCCUGGGCUCUCAAUGGGCUCUGCUUCCUCGUCUCUGCCUCAAGCACCAAGCUGUCAAAAGCAAGUCCGCCAACGCCGCAAGGUCAAGAAAAUUAAAACAAGCUCUGGCAAGAUAUACAACGACCCGUUGUUUCUAUCGUAA